CUCUCGAAUGUCAGUGUUUCAAGAUGGCGGAAGAAGAUGUGUUUUUGGCAGCGACGUCCAACGCGCUGUGGGAUCCUCAUCAUUCCAAAGAUUGGGACAAAGAAAAUGUUACACCACAAUGCGUUUUGAGAAUUAAAAGGGAUAUAAUGAGUAUAUACAAUGAACCACCACCUGGUAUGUGCAUCGUGCCUGACAAAGAGGACAUCACAAAGAUUCAUGCUCUAAUCACUGGUCCAUUUGACACACCCUACGAGGGAGGAUUCUUUUACUUCUUGAUUCGAUGUCCCCCUGACUACCCCAUUAGACCCCCCAGGGUCAAGUUAAUGACCACAGGAGGGGGGCAGGUCAGGUUUAACCCCAACUUGUACAGAAAUGGCAAAGUGUGCCUGAGUAUACUGGGGACAUGGUCUGGUCCGGCUUGGAGUCCUGCCCAGUCCCUAUCUAGUGUAUUAAUCUCCAUUCAGUCUCUUUUAAAUGAAAAACCGUAUCAUAACGAGCCAGGAUUUGAACAGGAAAGACAGUCAGGGGAUUCAAAGCGAUAUAAUGAAUGUAUCCAGCAUGAAAGCUUAAGAGUUGCAGUCUGUGACAUGUUGGAAGGAAAAUUGAAAUGUCCCUCGGCACUCAAAGAUGUAAUGGAGAAAUCAUUUCCAGAGUUUUAUGAUUACUACCUGUCUGUUAUCAAUGACAACUCUCAUCAAAAUGGACAGAACAUGAUGGACCCUUUUGGAGAGAAGCGGGGAACAUUUGACUUUGUAUCCAUUAAACAAAGACUAGAAGCAAUCAAGAAGAAGCUCGAAGACAAGAAGACAGCGGCACAUGGUUCAGAUGCCUCGUCAAGUGAUAAUGAGAAUAUAGAGGAAUCUUAACAGAAACUGAAAUAUUAUUUGUACAUACACAUAGCGAUAUAAUUUAUAUUUCUGUUAGGGGAACAAGUUCUAGUUGCCUAUAAAGUCUAUCUCAUGUGAUUAUAUGUGAAUGAAGUUAGUAACAAGCAUGGGUUAUCCAACUUUAUGGUAUUCAGUGUUCCCCUGAUUUAUUUUGACCUCCAUUCAGUGGGAAGUCAAAACAGGUUGCUCUGCAGCCAAUGGAAUAAUGUAAAAAAUAUCCAAUAUGUAACAUUAAUGUUAGGAGUUGUAUACUGUGGGUUACUGUAAGUCCUCUGUGUAGCCUCUGCCACACCCCCCCAAUCCCCCAGAAGGGACAUCAUGAGCCAUAUCUAAGUCACUGUUUGCCUCAGUUUCAAAGUGAGUUCUUAGUUCAAACCUAAGUCCAUUUAAAAUGACUUUUUUACUCUAAUGUUUCCUUUUAUGCGAACAAACUUGGAAGUGAUCUACAAGGUUCUCUCCUCCACUGUGAUAUGCCUUGUGUUACUUAAGUUGUGUUGUGUUAUAUUAACCAAACUCAAACUUGUACCGUAGAACUUUUAAUCAAGUAUUUGAAGCCCGAAGGGAAUCCCAUAUAAAAAGGGUGGGGUUGCUUGUCGUACCUUUUAGGGGUUAAAAAAGUGGUUUUGGAACCUCAAAAGGUCCACAGUGUGAGCUUUUGUGGUACCUUUUAGGGUUUUGAGCCAGAAAAAUAUGCCAGGAUAUAUUUGAUAAUCAACUUUACAAGUAGAAGGUAUUCGAAGCAAUCAUCUUUAACGCUGUUAAAGAUUAUGAAAGUAUCAGUUAAUGUGUUGUUUUAGAAUUCGUACCUCUUAGAGAGUGAAAAAAAUUUAAACAGGAUCUUGGUACCUCUUAGGGGAUUCUUUUCAAAAUUUCUGACAAGUACCCCAUCCUUUUAUAUGGGAGUUGCCCCCCAAGAUUUGAAAAGUAGUAUGUUAUAAGUGAUGGGACUGUGCGAUGGUUUGAUUAACACUUAGCUCUUAACUUUCUAUUUUCGGACAAUUACUUGUCAACUGAAUCAUACUCUCCACCUCUACAGUUCUUUAAGCCUUCUGGUUCUUUACAGGAGUUUCAUUAAGGGCCAGGCACCAAAUUGACCGCGAUGAUUUUGUCCCCCUGGUUUGACCAUCUGGAAGAAUAAAGAAGCUCAGUUCAAAAAGUUUUGCUCCCCCUGUGAAAACCAUUUGCCCAGUUGCAGAAAACGUUAAAGAAACCCCUGGAGUUAUUUAAUCUAGGAUUUGUGGUAAUCGUGUUAGUGUUCUCCGCAGAGCAGAAAAAAACAAAUGAAUCAAAAUGAUUAGUCAACCAUCAGCCACUGGCAAAAGUUGAGAAGUAAGGGGGUGGGAGUUCAAUGACAUGUAGAAAACGAAAGACGGUCAUCGACAGAAGGUAGUUGAAGCACUAUAUAAAGUUGUCUUCAGUCAUCACAUCAAAAUGUUCUUAGUUUGUUAAAUAUUACAUCAAGGAAAACUG